AUGGCAGUCCCUACCCACUCCAGCGACGGAGACACUGCUUCAGGAGAAGAAGACACAGCUUUCCUCGAGCAAUCAUUCUUGACCUACACGGUCCCUUUCAGGACAGAUAUCAACAUCGAGGAGGAGGUCAGGGCCGCCAUUGCUAAGGGACAGCCAUUGGAGGAUCUGGAGAAUCGGCCAUGGCUCUUCUUCGAUGAAACUGUCGAGGUCUUCUUGAUACUUCGCACCCACAACCUGACCGACAAUUUAUUACAGUCAUACCUGAAGAGACUUGUGCUGUCUCUCCAGGCGCAAAUAGUAAACAGUCCUGCGACAGACCGCGCCGAACUUGCGCCUGCCUCGGAGGUGGUAUACAAUGGGGACGUCGAAGAUGUCGCAAAUCCCUUGACAGUCGUGGACACUGCACAAGCAGGUGACGACGAUGAUGGCACAGCGACGGGAACCAAACAUAUCGUGUGGAAAGCGUCGGCUUUCCUGACGCGACCGCGAAUGCGGCUAUACGGGCCCUCUGUUGUCUUCUCGGCCACUGCAAGCUUGAAGCCCAGCCCAGAACAGUCUGGUGGGCAGCAGGACGGCUACCUGGAGAGUGGCGUACCCUCUGGGCUUAACUUGCUCGGGUCAUUUGCCGGAGAUCCUCUCUUAGGUGGCGUCAAGCCUCAGUUGUCUGCUGUGCGAGUAUCUCGUGUUGCACCAGUCACUCAGUCCAAGGACUCAUUCCCAAUCCUCAGGGGCCAGCCCAGGAUCUCUCAGCAGAUUUACCCAGCUGCACAUACUCGCGUGCGCUUUGCACGGCCCAACACCAUACCACCCAGUCCCGCCAUAAUAGCCCUACUGGAGAUCGACUUCACCCCUUACUUCGACUGCGAGGUGGCCGUGGACAAGGUCGAACUCUCCAUGCCGGAGGGUCAAAUCGAAGAUCUCAACAGUAUAUCUGGCCUGUCACUCCCUCUCAACUGUGUGGCACAUGAUCACAUCACCCUCAUGUAUCGGCUUGCGCCCCAGGAAAGCGAUGUACCAUCCAGAACCCCGACGCGCGAACUCCACAUAUCUAUAGAGUGUACCGCUCUCGUUCGCGCUGGGGUUUGCAAUCCCAAGCUGUGCAUGGCAUGGUCUACAAUUCUGGACUUCACCCUUCCUGUCAACCCUGGCUUCGGCUCGGGCGUCAACAAGCCUUUUCAGCGGUCCCACAAGCCGGCCCAACUCUCCAUCAGCGACGGCACAAGCUUCGUCUCGCCCUCGGUGUCCAGACCUGAUUCCCUGCCCGGUCUCGAAGCUCUUGCAGAGCGCUCAAUUGAGGCCAACAUCCCAGAAUUCGGGAUAACCAUGACCUUCACCGCACCCGACGGGCCAAUAUACCCGGGCGACGAGUUCGUCUGGAACGUCUUCGUCGUCAACCGCAACUCUGCCGUACUCAACCCUGCCAAACCUCCGUCAGAAGCCAUCCCAGCAGCGCGCAAACUGGCUCUCCUCGCCAUCCCCAGACGGCGCAGGAACGACAUGCGCGUGAUACGGCCGCCGUCGACAGCCGGGCGAGACCACCUCCUGGCGCGGCGCAAGUCCGCCAUCGCCGCUGCUAUCGGCGAGGGCCCGGAGGCGGAGAUCGCGGAUGCGGUGCUGGACGAGAACAUCGUGCACGCCAUGCAGAGGAGCAGCCUGGUGGACAGCACCGAGGUCGUCUGUCUCUCCGCGGACGUGCGCGUGGGACCCUUGGCGCCGAACGCGUGCCAUGUCGUCGAGCUGCGCUUCCUGGCGCUGAAGGAGGGGAUUGUGGGUGUAGAGUGCAUCCGGGUGGUAGAUCUGGGAAACCAGGAGCAUGUUGACAUUAGAGAUCUGCCGGUUAUGGUUGUUGAGAAGCGGAAAGACUGA